AUGAGCGGCGUGGGUGCCGUGGAGCGGUGCUUGGUGGGCGUCGCGGGGGCCGGGCUGGCGAGGCUGAUGCCGCUGGGGUCGCUGGCGCGGGCGGCGCUCGCGGGCGCGUCGCGCGGGCGGUCGGGGGCGGCUGCAGCCGUGGCGGAGGGAGCGACGGGGCGCCUGCGAGCCGUGAGGGCGAUGAGCGACACGUCAGGCGACAGCGCGCUCGAAUAUGACUGCGCUAUCGUGGGGGCUGGACCGGCGGGGCUAGCAGCCGCUAUCCGGAUGGCGCAACUGGGCAGAGAGCUGGGCCACGAACACUCGAUUUGUGUACUGGAGAAGGGCAGCGAGGCGGGCGCGCACACAAUUUCAGGCUGCGUCAUGGAUCCUGCUGGCCUCGACGAGCUACUCCCUGGCUGGAGGGACUCGUCUCUUCCAGAAGAGGCGCUCAUGUGCCCUGUGGAGCGCGAACGAGUGCUGCUCCUGCACCCGCCCACUUCGUCGAUCCAGUCCAUCCCGCUGCCCGUGAGCAAGGACCUCGACAGCACGUCGAGCUUCAUCGUCAGCCUGAGCAGGCUCACGCGCGCCCUCGCGAAGAGGGCCGAGGACCUCGGCGUCGACAUCCUGCCGGGGUUCCCCGCCGCGCGCCUCCUCCGGGAGUCGCCGGGGGGCGGCGCAGUGCGCGGCGUCGUCACCGGCGACCAGGGCCUUCUCGCUGACGGCAGCCCGGGCCCGAACCACGAGCCCGGCGUCGAGGUGCGCGCCCGCGCGACGCUCCUGGCCGAGGGCUGUCGCGGCAGCUUGUCCGAGGAGGCGAUUCGCUGUUUUGGUCUGCGAGCGGCCGCGGGCGCGCACCCGCACUCGACGUACGGUCUGGGGCUAAAGGAGGUGUGGCGGCUGCCGGAGGACACAGACGUGCGGGAGGGGCAGGUCCUGCACGCGGCGGGCUACCCGGCUCCGUCGGACACGUAUGGGGGGGGGUUUCUGUACACGAUGCCGGGGGGACUGGUUGCGCUCGGCGUGGUGCUGGGCUUGGACUACAAGGACCCGGCGAUCACCGUCCACGACCUCCUCGAGCAGUUUCGGGCCCACCCGGUCGUCGCGGACAUCAUCGAGGACGGCGAGCGCAUCGAGUACGGCGCCCGCACGCUGAACGAAGGCGGCUGGCAGAGCCUGCCGCGCUUGGCGUUCCCGGGGGGCGCGCUGCUCGGGUGCGCGGCGGGCACGCUGAACGUCCCGCGCCUUAAGGGCGUGCACACCGCGAUCAAGUCCGGCAUCGUGUGCGCGGAGGAGCUCCACAUCCAGCUCGCACACCCCCAGGACGCACCCGACACCCCCCCCAUCGACCUGACCGGAUACGACCGGAUCUUCCGCGAGUCGUGGGCCGGCCGCGAGCUGUACGCCGCGCGCAACGUGAGGCCCGUGUUUCAGUCGGGCUUCUGGGCGGGUGGCGUGCACGCCCUCCUUGACGCCGCGCUGCUGCGCAAAUUCAGCUGGUGGACGUUCCCGCACCGCGACGUCGAGGACCACGCGUGCACGGAGCCGCGCGGGCCGCCAGCGGCGCCCGGGGAGGGCGACGUGGCGGAGCGGACCGCGGCCGACGGCGUGUCGGACUCGGUGUACCUGAGUGGCGUCAGCCACAGGGACGGACAGCCGUGUCACCUGCGGCUCACGGAGGCGAAGACGGUCGUGGAGAAGGAGAGUUGGUUGGCGACUGGCGGCGUGGAGGCCGGCGUGUGCCCCGCCGGCGUGUACGAGUACGUUGCGGCGGGUGCGGACGCGCCGGACGGGCAGGGCGUCCAUUUGGUGAUCAACCACCAGAACUGCGUGCAUUGCAAGGCCUGCGACAUCAAGGCGUGGCGCAACCGCGUGCGCUGGGAGUGCCCCGAGGGCGCCGGGGGCCCGCAGUACACGCACAUGUAG